AUGACCGUUAGCUACUUUAAUUUUAAAUUUAAUGUGAUUCUUAAAUGUUUAAGAGGAAUAGAACAUAACCUAUUUAACGAACUUCAAUCGUUUGGAAUUGAAAGAAAUUCACUAAUUAGAUCAAAAUGUAAAAUAAAGGUGCUUGAUUGCGACUUAAAGCAUGUGUAUUUUUUAUCACACUUCUCCAGACUAGCGUCAAAUGUGUACAUUGAAGUCGGAAGGAUUCAACUGUCAGAUAAAAAGAAUGUGUUUAAGAGCUGUGAAAGCAUCCAAUGGAACAGCUUUCUGUCACCGUCUAACUCAUACUUGGUAAAUUGUGGUUCACUGGAAUCCAACAAGUACAUAAACUCGAAAUUAUACGCGUGCCAAUUGGCCAAGGACGGAAUAAAAAAUUAUUUUAUAAGUAACCUUAAUCUGGAGGCACCCAGGGUUGAACUGAAGAACCCUGAGGUUAAGUUGGAGCUCGACAUCGAUGAGAAUUGCACAGCAACAGUCAUGGUGGACGCAACAGGAUCGCCGCUAUCGAGUAGAGGAUACAGAUAUAAGCCUAACAUAGCGGACAUAGACCCUACGAUGGCAUGCUCGAUUUUGUACGACCUGGGUUACACAUCAUUUUCAGACACAGCGUAUAGCAUAGAGGAGUAUGAAGACCACUGCAAAGAAAAGGCUUCAGCUGACUAUAACGAUGAUGAAGAUAAUCCUGGUGAUAAAUUGGGGUUGAAUACAGCUGCGGACUCGAUAGAAUCGCAACAAAUAGAGGAUUUCAAGAGGCCUCGAAUAGUGGAUUUGUUUUCGGGCUGCGGAGUGUUUCUUAUCGAGUCUGCUCUAUGGGCAGCAAGAAUACCUCCAGGGUACCUUAAAACUAAAUUCGCACUGAAAAAAAUGCCAAUACACGACGAUAUCGCAUAUAAGUCGCUGAUAACGUACACAAACGGGAAGAAGGCCAGACAAGGCUCGAAAGAGUGGAGUCAACUUAGUGGUAGUUUCAUCGGAAUCGAAAGGGAUUGGGAAAAGGUUGAAGCGUCGCUAAAGUCAUCAGAAAAGGCAGGAGUACUGGAGUUGAUGUCGUUCAAUCAGGCGGACUACUUAAAGGAUGGAAUAAAGGAUGCGAGAGCCGCUAGUGGAGGCAGAGAGUGGGAGUAUAUGAUAGCACAGCUGCCGCAAAUGAAAGAACCCAGCUGUAACCACAGUAGCAACGGCGACGAUAGUGAAGCCAUAAAGGCCGUCGACUCACUUGGGGACGGGGGUGAUUCAAACGGAAAGGAUGAAGGACCAAAAACAAAAUUAGAAAAGGAAUAUGGGAAAGAUAAAAGCGGAAAGAAGAAUAAAUUGAGUGCAAAUAGGUACCUAAAGCUAGUUAAGUCACUCGCGAGGGUGAAGAAAAAGUACUUUCAAGAGGGGGCCAAAGGAGCACUGAUGAUGCCGUCGUUCAUAGACAAGGUGUACGUGGAGGACUCGUUCAGCGCUAAGCUGAGCGCGGGGAAGACGUACAGCAAAAACGGAAUAAACACCAUAACAUAUUAUACAGGGCUAGUCGGUCGGGACCACGGAGCACUUGACGCUGGUGCGAGGCCACCGGGUCCAGACGAUCCUGCCAAUGUUCGUGUAGGAGUCAUCGACAGUGCCAACAAUGUUAGCAUCGACGCCGUUGAAAGGAUCGGCCACGAAGACGUGGUCGUUCUCAACGGUGACUUUGUGCAGAGGAGUUUUCUUCUCGUUUCCAUCGUAGUGGAAGAGAGUUAA